CUGGGGGGAGUGUCAGCGCUCAAGAAGGCAUGUCGACGGCAUGCCGAGGAAGCUAAGUGAUGCAGACAUGAUACUCGCGCGUCUCAAAGGCCGUGGAUGAAGGAAAGGAUCCAAGGGGAGGAGUGCGUUGAUGGGAUGCAAAAUGGCGAUGCUACAGCACUACUUGAUCACGGCGGAUUGCUGAGCUGGAGAUGGACAAGAGGGUUUGACAUCUAGCCUUUUCGUCUCACAAUCCUCUUUCUUGCGGCGGCGUUGUUUUGUAUGAGGAGGAGUCACAGGAAGAGGAGGAGUCACAGGAAGAGGAAGAGGAAGAGGAAGAGGAAUAGAAAGGGGGCACUCACCCCAAAUCCUGACCGGGCAAUUGCAUCGCGAACUUUUGAAUGGGUUCCCAGGGAGGGCGUUGAUGGAUCCCCAAGAUUGUAUGAUCGUCCCAUGUAUGUUGUGUAUGCCACGUUUGUCUCUGCCGACUCAAACCUCGUUUUGGACGGGACCCCCCUCCUCCUCCUAGCAGCAGUAGUUUGGGGCUGCUCUCGGAGACAUCGUUUACCCGUUGAUCAACUUUGCGGUAAUUGCCUCGCACGGCAAGUCCUAUAUUGCUAUUCUUCUUCUGUGCCGCGUGUGAGAGACCCAUGUGUGGAUCGUCUCUUGGGGCUGGCUUCAUUUGCCACGGGUGGCCGCCUUGUCGAUUGCGAGAUGCUGCACUUGGCCAGAGUAGUAUGUACUACCACCCGCCAAGCUGCAGGGGAGAGGGAGAGAUUGAAUCCGAACAGAGAGGCCAUCGUGUGAUGCAUUUGUGGAUCAGGGAGGAAUAAUACUUGUAUGAUAUGGUCUAUGCUUUGGGGACGACCAGAAUGUACUUCUCAUCACUGUUGAGAGGUAAGGGAUCCUCGUCGACGGGGAUAUUUGAUUUGGUGAAAGUGUGUGACGUUUGUGGGGUAGAGGGAUUGGCAAAAUCGCCAAGCCGUGCAAAACCGUGAUUGAUGUUUUUUUUUUUUUUUUUUUUUUUUUAAUUUCCUGGUG